CUUGCGUUGAGCUGCGCUGCUCUAUGCCGAACUAAAACGAACUGAGCGCAGAAAAACUCAGCAGUUGAGAAAUUUCAUUUUAAUGUGGAGCGCUUUAGUCGUUUAUCGAUUUCGCAAGGUUUGGUAGUGUUUUAUAACAGUUUACCGACUAAUAAACGGCAGGAAAAUUUCGAAAAAAUACCAAAAACAAAAAAAGAAAAACUCAAGAAAAUUAUUGACUUAUUUGUGUAUAGCCAACAAGCAAAUAGUCAGGUGGUUAAUCGGAGUGUGGGUGCGUUAAAGACGUUUCUGCCGCCAAUAUUGGCUAAUUCAUCAGAACACGAAUUGAUAAACCUGCGGGCAUUUACUAGUGGUGAGGUACAAAAGAAUUAAGUGAUAACGAAAGUAAAGUAUGUUUGCAUUUUUUAGAAUGUGAUAAAUACGUGUUGCUUUAACUCUUGUGUAUACAUACAUGUGUACACACAUGUAUACAUAUAAUAAUUUUACAAAAUGAGACAAAGGAAAACACAGGCCAUAUGAUGGCAAAUAAAAUUAGCUGGUGCAUUUCCGAGAACAUUCCCUGAGAUCCAAUUAAGUCCAGCCGACAGUUGCUGAAAGGUUAAACAAUUGAGUGAAUUCAAAUCUAAUACAUUUACAAAAGACGAACAAAGAUCCAAAUCCGCAUCCUGAUCAUACGACAGCACCUUACACCCACGCUGAUGCAGCAACCGCAAUCGUCCGCAUUGUUGACGCCAAUCAAUUUUAACUUGGCUGCGCAUCAGCACAUGGUAAUCGGUGGAAAAAUCAUGGAAUGGACCAAUGACGAUGCACUGGAACUAAUCGAGCAAUACCGUAUCCAUACAGAGUUGUGGAAUCGUGCUGAUCCCAAGUACAAAGACAAGUUAUGCCGUUUUCGAGCGUGGUCGGAAAUAGCGGAACGUUUUGGCUGUAGCAAGGCAGAGGUGGAACGAAAGAUGAACGUCUUACUCACACAAUAUCGGCGCGAGAAGCACAAAAUGCUUGUCAAACUAUAUCAGGGCAUCCAGCCGAACCCGUCCAAGUGGUACGCGUUCAAGCGGUUUGAUUUUAUGGAAGCGGGUGGUGGCGGUGGUGGAUCAUCAAGUAGAUCGGGCACAAACGGACACACAACGGUGGGCACAGUCGCUGCUGCGGCUGCAGUAACUCUAAACGGUCUUAACACGUACGAUGCCACAACAACUGCGGCGCAACAGACGACAAGUGCAGCUAUGGCAGCGGCAGCGGUAGCAGCCGCGCCGAGCACUUCCCACCAUCGGCGAAUGAAGAAAGAGAUGAAGUAUUUUGGUGCGAUGGGUAUAAGCUUACCGAUGCUGAUCGCCAAUACGACAACAUUAGAUACGUGGAACACAGUCGGGCAGUAUUCGCCACCAAUCGGCAGUGAUCGCAAUCAGUUACGUGUUCCCUUACCCAUGCCCUUUCCCAGCUCCCAGAGCGAGCUGAACGUGGCGAGCAGUGCAACACGCAGCCUUUUCGGCGGUAGCAGUAACAGUGACAUGACCGCCAGUCCUCAAAAGCCAAUGGAAACAUCUGAUAUCGAGGAAAAAGAGGAGAUGCUGGCGAAACGUGAACGAGUCACACCAUCCAGCGUUCACAAUGUAAGCGGAGGCAGUGAAGGCGGCCCAGUUGGUAGUUGCGCGGUGGGCGCUAUAGCGGCCAGCAGCGGUAGCAACGCUAGCAGUAGCGGCGUUGUUGGCAGUAGAAGCGGUGUAGGAGGUGCUGUUGUUGAAGCAAUCGAAGAAGGUUCUAGUCCCAUACCAAACACAAAUACAAUGGAAACGCACGAAAAGCGUCGGCGAACAACUCGCGAUCAAGACGAGUUAGACAUUAAACGAGAACUCGUGGACUACUUUCAUGCGCCUCAUCCUCCCGCACCGCCCGACUCUCAUCGAUCGUACAGCUCCACCGAUGAAAACCGUCUUGGCGGUAUAGACCCAGACGAUUUUGCUCAAGACUUGCGUGUCAGCGCUGCAGCUGCUGCGGCGGCCAAGGGCCUAGACUUUAGUCAAUUUGUAUUGCCGCCCAACCUACGCCGCUCCUCUGAAUCAAUUGAGGAGAAGUUCGUUCCGCUAAAUAUGCGUAAAUUGAAUUCCGCUUCGACGACCGCCACAACCGCUGGUCAAAUGCUUAUGAACUCGUUGCUGUCUAAUGAGAGUUUGUCGGAAGAAACCGCCACUAGCGCAAGUGGUCGCAUCAAAAGCGGAUCUCAAGAAACGGCAUCAACGUCUGCGGCAGCUGCAGCGGCUGCACUCUACGCUGAAAGUCUGAAUAAAGACGACUGCGAUUUCAUCGGUUCAAAUGUCACGUUAAAACUGAGAUCGAUGGACCGUACCCAGCGAAUCAUAGCCGAGAAAUUGAUAAGUGAAGUACUUUUCUAUGGACAGUUUAACGAGCUGGAACGAAGCGCCCACAUACAGCCCAAGUGACAGCUGCUACCAAAGCUUCGUAAAGGCUUUUAAACGUAACGAAAGCACACAUACAGAUACAUACGUUCAUAUACCAUUUGAUUGUAGAUUUUAUUGUCUAAAACAAAGAAACACAAAGCAGCAUUUUGCCAGAAGAAUUAUAAUGAAACAAAGAGUUGCUCUAAAACUGCAUAAGCUUUUAUAAUUUUGUAUCCUCCACAUUUAAGACUCGAAUAAUCUACAAAAAACUGAAAUUCCAGGAUGAGAUAUUUUUAAAUACAAAUUCCCGAAACACCUCUAUGAACGUUAUACGAAAAUCCUUACAGUACAAAUUUCAAUCUUUUUAUAUACUCAAAUCCAAAUUGUCUAGUUUUCUCAUAUAUGGUUUUAUGUACAUCACUUUACAGCGAUUCUUCUGGAACAAAAUAUUGUAUUUCGAUUCAUGAUUAAAGAUUGUGCUUGAAGAGCUCCACACUGAAAGUUUUCGGUUGUAGGUCAAAUUUUUGGACACACAGAUGUGAUAUGGCAAACCUAUUACUACCAAAAAUUAAAAGCAUUUGCUCACACGAAAUUAUUUUUUCUAUUAUAAAAUUUGCAUUUUACCAUAUAAACGAUUUUUCAGAUUUUAAAAGAGAUUUCAUAUUCCUAAUUUUGGAUUUUCUAGCAAUUUAAAUUAAAUAAUAAUACUUAAACUAAUUGAAGAACUUUCAUUUGCACUCACAUAUUUUACAGUUAUUCAAUUACACAUAAACACAAGCAAAUUUUAAGACAGUUCGCAGUGAAAGCUAUAUUUAGUUACAGAUUUGAUAACUUUCAGAUGGAGUAUCAGAUAUUUUCAAUAAUCUUUAUAUCCAAACAUCCAACGCAAUAAAGGAAUUCACAUACACAGAUGCAAUGUAUGAAACGAAGUCAAAUGAAAGAAAAGUCAACGAAAAAGAGCAGAAUCAUUUAACAUGAAUUCAAAGAAUUACGUACCUCGCUUAUUUGUCAGUCGUCUUUUUAUUAUAUAUUUAGAAGCACACAUACAUUUACCUAAAAUAAAUAUACUGUAUAUAUUGUAGAAUUACAUAACUAUAUUUUAAACGAAGAAACCUACAUGCAUAAGUAAAUAGAACUAGAGAAUUUAACUGUUUUUAAAACGUAAGAAUUUGAACACUUAUGGUUUUAUAUGUUUAUUAUAUUUUUCUAUGGCAUAACUUUUAUUAUAUUAUAUAUUUUUUCUGAGAAUAUACACUGUGUACAUAUAAGGAAUUUUUACAACAUAAAUACAAUGAUAUCCAAACUAUAAGUGUAAAUAUACAUACAAACGCAUAUAUGUAUGUGUACGCCUAACAAAAUCCUACGUAUGCAAUAUACAUAUACCUUUAUGUGUGUAGGUAUGUGCACACACUCGUGCAAACCAACUGAUCAAUGAGCGGUAAGACCAUAUCAGUGGCGAAUUAAAAAUUGUACUAAAAAUUAUGAGUUUUAUCAUAUGUGUGGUGUGUGUAUGUAUGUAGGUAUGAGUGCAUGUACAUACUAUAUUCAUAAUACUUAAAAUGAUGCUCCGAUUGUAUGGCUAUUGUCUGCAAAUGUAUAUGUAUUCGCUGAACUGAUUGGAAUAUACUUCUAUGUGAAUGUCUAUAAAUUCAACGAAAUUUACUGCAUUCAGUUUUAUGAAAUGACUUAAAGCUCGCUAGGAAGAAACCGUUUGAACAAAAGCUACAUGGACCCAAAAACAAGGCAUACAAGUAUAAGCAUAAAACCAACCACAAUUAACGGGGGAACAUUAUAUCGUACCUUGUUUAACUGGAAUUUAGUCGUAAGUUUUUUAGGUUUUAUUUUGAUACGUAUGUAUUAGUUAGAAAGAAUUUUAGAAAAAUAAAUAUUGGCAAGAAAUGUAAAACUAAAAACAGACUUUAAAUACACAUAGAAAAAAGAGAACUAAUAAAUGUGUACCCACGAUUUAUUAAUGUC